UACAAUGGAGCGAAAAACUAGAUCUUGUGUUACAAUUCUUACGUGUUAAUGUAGAUCUUACCAUUUGUCAUCAUCAUAAUUAUCCAAUCAUGAUUUAAAUUAUCACCCCUAAAAUGUUAAUUAAAAAAUAAUUCUACCGAAAAUAUCUUUAUUUUAUAUUGUUGUAAUAAAAAUGGCCGGACCAGAUGAAUGGUUAGCUACUAUACGGAAAUGCCAGUAUUUGCCCGAAUCUGACAUGAAAAAACUGUGUGAAAUGGUUAAAGAAUUGUUAAUGGAGGAAUCAAAUAUACAACCCGUACAUACACCUGUAACGGUAUGCGGAGAUAUUCAUGGACAGUUUUACGAUUUAUUAGAAUUGUUCCAUGUUGGAGGAGAAAUUCCCGAUACUCAUUAUAUAUUUAUGGGUGACUUUGUUGACAGAGGUUACUAUAGUUUAGAAACAUUUACUUUAUUGAUGGUAUUGAAAGCAAGAUAUCCAGACAAAAUUACACUUUUGAGAGGUAAUCAUGAAAGUAGACAAAUCACACAAGUGUAUGGAUUUUAUGACGAGUGUCAAUCAAAAUACGGAAAUCCAAACGUUUGGAAAUAUUGUUGUCAAGUGUUUGAUUAUUUAACAUUAGCAGCUAUUGUAGAUGGUCGUGUUUUAUGUGUUCAUGGUGGAUUAUCACCCGAAGUUAGGACACUAGACCAAAUAAGAACGAUACCUAGAGCUCAAGAAAUUCCUCAUGAGGGUGCUUUUUGUGAUUUGAUGUGGUCUGAUCCCGAAGAUAUUGAAACAUGGGCUGUAAGUCCUAGAGGUGCUGGCUGGUUAUUUGGAGCUAAAGUAACGAAUGAGUUUAAUCAUGUCAAUGCUCUAAGUUUAAUAGCUAGAGCACAUCAAUUAGUGCAAGAAGGAUAUAAAUAUAUGUUUCCUGAUGAUAAUUUAGUGACGGUAUGGUCUGCACCAAAUUAUUGUUAUAGAUGUGGCAAUGUAGCGUCAAUUAUGCAAAUUAAUGAAAAUUUACAAAUUGAUGAGAGUAGUUUUAAAAUUUUUAAUGCUGUACCUGACCAAGAAAGAUCUAUUCCUGCUAGAGCUGGUGUUGGACAAUACUUUUUAUAAAUGAUAUAAAUGAUACAAUUUGGAAAAGAUGCUGGAUAAUCGUUAAAAAAAUAGGAGACAAUGAUAUAAUUUGGGAAAUGAAGCCGGAUAAUCGUUAAAAUAGGAGACAAUGAUAUAAUUUGGAAAAGAAACUGGAUAAUCGUUAAAAAUAGGAGACAAUGAUAU